AGAACGCAGAUCCAGCAACACCUCCAUAUAAAUGUGUCGAGAAAAGCACUGUGGAGUCAGUGAACAUUCAGCAAAUGGAGGCACAGAGGAAGAGGAAAGUGGUGAUGGUGCUGACCCUGUUUGUCAUGAUGACGAUGUUCUUUUCCUGUGUGAGAGCUUGGACCGGUGAAAUCCAUGGCAGAGUUGUCUGUGAUGUUUGUGGGGACUCUUCUAUUGGCCCUGAAGACCAUAUCUUGGAAGGUGCUGAGGUAGCUGUUCUGUGCAUAACGAAGUCCGGGGAAGUUCUAAAUUAUCAGGCCUUCACUGACACAAAGGGAAUAUACAGAGUGGCAGAGACGAUGCCAGAGAGUGACAGGUGGGAUGCAUGCCUGGCCAGGCCCAUCAGCAGCUUCCAUGAGCACUGCACCCAUCUGGGAGAUGGUACCUCAGGCAUCAAGUUCACUUACAGUCGACCAUCAGGCUAUUCUCACACCAUCAGGCCCUUUGUUUAUCGGCCAGCAAAUGCUCCACUGUUCUGUGUUUGAAUGAUGUAAACUUGAUGUACAUUUCAGACUAUGUACUUGGUUUAAUUGGAAGGAGAAAUAGAACAAGGAGGCCGACCUUAUUCAGAUUAUGGAUGCCAUACUGAACUUGUUUACCAUUCAAAUAUGAAUCUUCAUUUGGACUUCAA